CAGGAAAGGAUAUGAAUGGAACUGAGAAAGCAUGUUUAAUAGGGCUGACGGAAAGUUCCCCUAGGAGUGGAGUGGAUAGGUUUACAAGUAUUGCUGAGUUUGUAAACAAUGGCUGGAUUAAGAACACUAUGAAGAAAAUGGAUAAGAAACAGGAAGAUGAAUGUAAUGGUAUAUACACUCUUGAUAUCUGCAAACCUAAUGAAAAACUGAUUUUCUUUGUUUUAGGAGAAAGAUGCACGGACUUCACACUCAAAGAUGACAUGGUUCUUACCAGUGGCUCUCUCACCAAUAACAGAGCUGGUGAUGUCGUCAUUGUAAAAUGCAAAUUUCAAUAUAUUCCAACAAAUCCAACAGGAAUUAUGCAAUUCUUAUGUACAUCACGCGGAAAAUGGAAGCCAG